AUGAGUUAUGAAAAAAAACCAAACAAAGAUAUAUCAUCAAUAGAUUUAACAGAAGAAGAUUUGUACACAACUAAAAAGACUAAUGAAGAUAAAGUUAAAAAGGUAAUUUAUAAGGAUGAUGAAGAUAAACAGAAGAGUGAAAGUAGAUGGGAAGAAUUUAAAUUAAAGCCGAAAUUAAUUGAAGGAGUUUACAGAGUCGGAUUUGAGAAACCAUCACCAAUACAAUGUAUAGCAGUUCCAGCUAUAGUUAGUGGGAAGGAUGUUAGAGCACAGUCAGAAUCAGGAACUGGAAAGACAGGUGCUUUCUGUGUAGGUACACUUGAGAGAAUAGAUACAUCACUUUCUACCACUCAGUGCUUAGUGUUAGUUUCAACAAGAGAAAUAGCAAAGCAGAUAUCAGGAUUGUAUGAGACAGUAGGAGAAUUGCUAGGAGUGAAUUCUAAAUUGUUAAUCGGGGGUAGAAAAUUGGAACAAGAUAAGUCUGAUUUAGUAAAUAACAAUUACCACGUAGUAGUAGGAACACCAGGAAGAGUUUAUGAAAUGAUAAACAAGGGGUAUCUUAAAAUAGAAAAUCUUAAAAUGAUGGUAUUAGAUGAAGCAGAUGAGUUAUUUAAGGCAGACUUCCAGUUACAGAUAAGAGCAAUUUAUGAAUUAGCAGUAGAAUCCAAGGUAGGAUCAGAUGGUUUACAAACAUUAUUCUUCUCAGCAACAUACUCACAAGAAGAUCUUAAUGUAGUUAGUAACAUAUCACCCGAUCCAAUAAUCGUAGAUAUGAGGAGUGAUGAGCAUACACUACAGGGAGUUAAGCAGUAUUUGGUAUGUUUUGAGAGAAACUUUGGACCAAGAAAUGAUGAAGAAGCAAGAGUCAAAGAAGUGUGUUUUAAAGUGAGUACGUUAAUGGCAAUUAUUGCAGAACAGAAGAUCAAUCAAAUGUUAGUUUUUAUUAGAAGAAAGAAAGAUGCUAAUAUUGUAGCAGACAUUCUAAAGCGUAAAGGAUACAAUUGUGAUUGUAUAACAGCAGAUUUAGAACAAGAAGAAAGAGAAACAGUAAUUGAAGAGUUUAGAAAAGGAACUACAAGGAUUUUAGUUGCAUCAGAUAUUUUGAAGAGAGGAGUUGAUUUUCAAGGAUUAUCAAUGGUGAUCUGUUUAGAUGUGCCACCUUAUGAUUCAAGAGAUAUUUAUUUCCAUCGUGUAGGAAGAACAGGACGUUAUGGUAGAAGAGGAACUGCAAUUCAUAUUGUUAACAGUUCAGAUCUUUCUAAUUUGUUAAGAAUAGCAGGAGAGUACAAAUCAACAAUUGAUUAUUUGCCAGAUGAUUUUAAGUUUUCUGAUUAA